CUCACCCGGCGGGCGCGCUGGGAGAUAUGCGCCUGCUGCCCCGCGGCCAUUGGUCCAGAGCGCGGAAUCCCGCUUUCCAUUGGCUGUUGCUCGACCCGCGGAGUGUGGCGCUUUCUGAUUGGAUGCGGGUUUGGCGGGAUGGCUGGGGGUCGCGCAAGGUGAGGGGGGCCUUGGGCGUUCCGUGCGUUCUGGAAGCUUUGGUUGGAGCGGCCGCAGCGCCCCCUGGGUGGCGCACAGGACGUUACCGAGCACCUAAGCCCCGACCUUGUGCUGCUCUUUCCUGGUGCAGGAGAGCCUUUCCCACCCAGCGCCCGGAACCGGCGCGAUCUGAUUGCUUUUUGAAGGAGGGCUGGGAUUCCAGGGACGGGGAGAGGGUGCCCCGCAACCGUGCCACCCCCAAGAGCUGGGUGUCCCUGUUGGAGGACUUUGGAACAAUCCCCAAUGCCUCCGUUCCGUCGAGAUGGACUGAAGUUGCCUCAGGAUCCAGUGUGUGGAUCCUUCCGGAAAAAGCGGGGGAGGGGAUCCAGGCGGAGCCCGCUCAGCGCCUGAGCGCAGCGCGCGGUGCUGCGACUCCGCAGUGGGUGUUCGCGCGGACCCUUAACUUCUCCUCCGCCCUAAGGACAGUGGGGACCGACCCCUGCACGGGGACACAGCAGGCGGGCCUUGGGGAGCCUCUGGACGGUGCCGCCAGGUCUGCCGUAGAUAGACGGCUUUGGCGGCGGGAAGCAGGGGACGGAGGAGGUCAGCAGAGAGCCGGGGACAGGGGAGAAACCCUCCCUGCCCAUGUGCAGGGAGAGUGGGUCCUUCCUCUCAGUCAGCUUGGCUGCCAUGAUGAAAUGACACGGACCCGGUGGCCUAAACACCAGAAGUUUAUUUUCUCUGUGGACAAAAUGGAGUCACAUCUGUCAAGGCUGCUAAUGUGGAGUUGGGAGGCCAUUAAGGAAACGGGGCUCAUGCAGGCACGCCACUCUCUACCAGAGGGAAUGUCACUUUUUUUUUUUUUUUGGUGAGAUAGAUUGGCCCUGAGCUAACAUCUGUUGCCGAUCUUCCUCUAUUUUGUUUGUGGGCACCGCCACAGUGUGCCUUGAUGAGCCGUGUGUGGGUUCAUGUCCAAGAUCCGGUGUGGUGAACCUGGGCAGCAAAGCAGAGUGCAUGAACUUAACCACUAUACCACCUGACCAGCCCCAGGAAUAUAACUUUUGCACUGUGUUUCACUGUUGUCAUCUUGACCUUGUUCCUAGAAAUGUGCUGACUCCUAUAGAUAAGAACUUUCUGCCUUAGAAAUGGCCUUGGCAACUGAUCACGUAUGGCCAGGAAGUAACAGUUGUUGCCAGCUCCAAUCACAGAUUUUCAAAACGACCUGUGUAAUUUUUCUCUUUUUGCCUUUACAAACCCUUGCCUCCUUUGUCUUCCUUGGAACACAUUUUGGGUUUCUGCCUGAAUCUGUGUCUCCCAAAUUGUAAUUCUAAUUGCCCAAAUAAAUAUCUGCUAUUUGAAUGUAGUGAAUUUUUCCUCAGUUGAUAUUUCUUGGUGUAGUCGGCAGAUCCAGAGCAACUGAGCGCGGACCCUGGUGCUGGCAUGGACACUUGGAAGGCACCUCCAAGACAGGCUUGUUCUCUCGUGUUUCUGUUGGUGAGCCUCAGAGCUCCAGCAGUAAGUUCUCCGGGAUCCGAAGCUCCUAUUUUCGGUUGAUGUUCAGAGCAGAUUUUAUUUGGGAGGACUAACUGGUUCUGUCCUUUGGAGGGAGGAUUCCGUCCUCACCUUAACUAGGCGGAGAAUUCAGGUGUAAGGACAUUUCUUGGUGAGUGUUAUUGGAGGUCUAGUAGGUUUUCAUUUAUUCAAGCGGCCACAUUCUCUUACAAUUCAAAAUUCAGCUGUUCUUCAUAACCAACGCAGACCUCGUAGUUUCUCCUCUUGUCCAAAUGGGGGUCCUUCUACUCCGAAGGUAAGACACAUUGCUCCUUCUGACCCUUUUUGGGUUGUUUCUCAGUAACUGGAAAUCCAGCAGAAGUGUUGGGACUCUGUCCAUGAUGUGCAGUGAUCUCACAGGGCCUUGCAAUGAAGAACACACCCUGUUUCGGGUCAGAGGAACUUGAUAAGCUUAUCCUGAAGGCACAGAUGAAGGAUUGGUCAUCCUAGGACCUUGAGCAACCUGCCACCACUUGCUGCUCAGGAAUCUCUGAGACACGUAAAAGAGAGACCAACAGCCCAUUGGUGACACCCUGGGAAGUGGUCCUCACAGGCAGCACACACCUGACCCAUGACAUAGACCCUCCUGCCUUGGUCAUCUGAGAAUAGCCCUCUCUAAAUUAUGGGGAACAAUUGUUCUAGAACAGCCAUAAAUAGUCAACUUCCUUUGGGAACCCCAGCUGGAUUUAUGUUUAAAGAAUAUGGUCCCUCUUCUUGUAAAUUUUUACCUCAAUGGACCCAUUUUGCCCAAGGAUGAUUUAAAACUUUCUUUGCCCUAAUGAGGCUCAUUUGAAAUACUUGAAUUAGUUCAUUUGCAUGCACGGUUAGAAAAUAAGAGAUCUAAAACUAAGCAAGUGGAAAUGGGUGAACUUCUGGGAUAAUUUGGAAUGGUAAUGGCUGCUCUGGGGAAGCUUUGUUUCAGAUCCGUCCACCUUAAGGGUCCCCCUUAAAAGAGAGGAUUCCAACCCCUCAGAGAGAAUGGAAUGUGCACUUCAGUUGCUAUGCAGGAGCUUCCAAAAGACAAAAGGACUUCAACACAGCUCUCAAAAGUAUCCUCACAACAUGCAAAAAAAGGAGAAAUCUUUAGUAAAAACCUUUGGCUACGUGGGCAGAUUUAAAGAAAUCUUUUCUCUUAAGCCAUCGACAGUUUGGUAGGACAUGCCUUUGUGAACAAAGAUGAAACAUUUAUCUUUUCUCCCUGUCUGAUCCCUCCAGAAUUCAGAAACCCUCAAAUAAUGAUUGCUCAGCAAUUUGAAAUGAUCAACCAAUCUUCCAACUCCGAAGGACUUGAUGCUUUUCCAGAUAGAGACCGUGCCUAAGACUCAUUCCUCACCACCUCCUUGUUGCUCAGAUGUGGCCAGAGCCUCUGACUGUGUUACUCCUAUGAUGAUUGAGCACGUGGCUUCCCCCAACAAGUGACAUGACUUCCCAGAAAAGAACAUUUCUAGCAAUGAGGGCAAUAUCAUUAUAUCAAACAGUU